AUGGCCUCUGUUGAUUAUAAUAAGAUCCUAUCAUCCUAUCUUAAUCAUUCCUGGGAUACCGAAGGCGAAGAUGCCGUUCUCAAUGAAGCUACUACGUUCUUGUCUCCCGUUGGCUUGCUGACGAAUCUGAUCUUCUUGUACGUGGUACUUCGCGUCAGGGCUAUGCGCUCCAUCAUCUACAUCUACCUGUUCAAUUUAGCAGUGGCAGACACCUCCUUUCUCGCCAUCUCUCUAGCUCUGUCAAGCAUGUGGCUAUCUCCUCAUCCAUUGCUAACCACUGUACGCGACAUCCUGUCUUCAUCUCGUCUGACUUGCCGGAUCGCAUCGUACUGCUUCAUCACCACCGUAGCAGUGGACCGAUACUUCGCAGUGACCACGCCCAUCAAGUUCCGUGCCCGUGCCACCAAGUCCAGAGCCGGUAAGAUAUCGGCCGGGCUCUGGGCGAUCGCGCUAUGCGCUGGGACAUCACACUUCAUAAUUGACAGUCUCGAAGUCCAAAACAAACUGGCUGUUUCAGUUCUGAAAAUCGUCGUUCACGCGGCAGUUUUAUUCAUUAAUGUUUGCCUGUAUACAAUCAUCGUAAAGACAGUGUAUCCCACAUACCACAUACAUAGUACAUCUUCCGUCAGUGGUAACCGCAUCCUAGGCAUCGUCAUCUUAAACACAGCCGUCUUCUUCCUCUACAACCUCAUGGCUAUCAUCUUUUCCGUAGUAACUCUCAUCCAAGAUGUAUCCGACAAUCGUCAUCUAGACAGUCAUACGGGCGUCAUGUACCUUAAGAGAUGCGUUUCCAUAUUGUAUCUGAUCAGUUGUUCCAUCGAUCCUAUCAUCUACAGCGUGGCCAAUGCAGACCGCAGGGUGGCAUUUCUGCAGGCGUUUUCCUGCCUGGCCUCCCGCAGCUGCCGACGAGACAAUGUGCACAAAACGACAAGCCAGAAUGUAGAACUGGUGGUAUUCCGCCCAUUGCUUGAAACAGGAGAUCCCGAAGAAGGCCAAGAAGACGUCAGCAGAGUAGAUUCCGCAAGAUCUGAGCCUGAUGCAACGAGCAGCUACGCCGGAGCAGAGGGCGCAACUUCCCCGACUUUGCCUGGCAUGGAACCUCUCCCGAGUACAUCGCAAGGACCGGUGCGUGUCUCGGAGCUCGAACCUCCGACCAAUCAUCAGAUGGGGUCAGCCGCGAGCUCCCCUUUGCUUGGACAAUCUAGGAGGUCGGCCUGUAGCCCCGUGAUGUCUAGAGGUAGAUUCAGUGCCUUGGAGCCAAGCAUCAACAACGAACAAUCAACAUCAGAUGAUGAGGAGCUAGAUCUAGAGGGUUCCAUCCCAGGCAGGCCUACUACCGGUUACACCCAGGUUGAACUGUACUGA